GACUAAAGGGAAUCUCGAGGGUCGGGCAGCCAUUUUCAGCUGACAGCACACAUAGGAUUCACACUGCUCCACAGCUCUGUCACUGGAUCAUGGUGCAGCAGGUAUCACAUACUGGAUUCACACUGCUCCACAGAUCUGUCACCAGAUCAGGGUGCAGCUGGCAGCUCACACUGGACUCACACUGCUCCACAGCUCUGUCACUGGAUCAGAGUGCAGCAGGUAUCACAUACUGGAUUCACACUGCUCCACAGCUCUGUCACUGGAUCAGGGUGCAGCAGGUAUCACAUACUGGAUUCACGCUGCUCCACAGCUCUGUCACUGGAUCAGGGUGUAGCAGGUAUAACAUACUGGAUUCACUCUGCUCCACAGCUCUGUCACUGGAUCAGAGUGCAGCAGGUAUCACAUACUGGAUUCACACUGCUCCACAGCUCUGUCACUGGAUCAGGGUGCAGCAGGUAUCACAUACUGGAUUCACACUGCUCCACAGCUUUGUCUCUGGAUCAGGGUGUAGCAG